CAAAUGGAAGUUGAUGGAUGUACAAUAGAAGAAAUUUCGAAGGCUGUUGACGUUGGGAGUUUUGAAUUUCGUCAAAUGGUUGGUAGAUUGGCGAGUGCUUUUGGACUUGUUCAGCAUCCUGAUCCUCUUAUUACACUUAAAGCUAUUGAGGCGCGAAUGUCAGCAAUUAAUGAACAAAAGAUACAUUUGGAUGAACUUAAGAAAAAUCCACAUCAAAUAAAUCCUUUGAACACCGUUCCAUUAGGAACUGAAACAACUAAUUCACAAAAAGUGGAUGAUGGUGUUCGUUUACUUCGAUUAUUACAUGGCGCUAGAAUUAGAGAAUUACAAACAAAAAUUAAUGAAUUAAUGGCUGAUGUUCAAAAAGUAACUGCAAGUCCUCGUUGUGAUUUGAGUCUUGGACGUAUGAAGCGAUUUAAACCAAAUAUUUUAAUUACUGGUACCCCUGCAACAGGAAAGACGACUUUAGCCAAAAAAGAGAAUUUCUUUGAUGGAUAUGAUGAACGUUUAGAGACGCAUAUUUUGGAUGAAGAUAAAUUACUUGAUCAUUUACAGGAGCGAUUAGAUUCUGAAGAGGGUGGUUACAUAUUAGACUAUCAUUCUUCAGAACUUUUUCCUAAACGUUGGUUUGAUUUUAUUUUUGUUUUACGAUGUGAUACUCAACAACUUUUUGAUCGACUAACUGACAGAGGUUAUUCUGACGUAAAAAGAAGAGAAAAUAUUGAAUGUGAAAUUUUUGGAACUAUUGCUGAGGAGACACGGGAAAGUUAUGAUAAAGAUAUUAUUUUUGAAUUAAAUAAUACUGAAAAAGAAGAUUUGGGAAAAAAUAUUUUAGAAAUUACAAAAAUUGUUGGAAAAUAUAUUUAA